UCAUCUCACAACGUAAUAAUCUCCCCCUUUAAUUCCCACCUCAACUCAUCCGAUCUUCAGCGACAGCCUUUGCAAUCAUCCCAUCCGUCUUCUAAUCCUUCACAUCACUUCACUUUUCUCUCAACAAACACAUACACCCCUCACACACAAUGCCUCGCCGCGCCGCCCCAGAACCAAAGCCCCGCAAACCGCAAUACUCCCCCGAAAAGCGCGCCCGCAUCGCCGUCCUCUCGGAGCUCGGCAUGUCCCUCAAAGAAAUCUCCAUCAAGGAGGAGGUCCCCGUCUCCUCCAUCAAGGGCAUCGUCACGCGCUACCGCCUCCAGCAGGCGGGCCGCGACCGGCCCCGUCCGGGCCGCCCCCGUAUCCUGUCCGACCGGGACGUCAAGACGCUGCUGCGCGUGCUGCAGGAGAAGCCGGCCUGCUCGUACGCCGAGCUGAAGCGCGACGCGGGCGUGACGUGCGCGACCAAGACGCUGGUGCGGUAUCUGCAGAUGGAGGGGCUGAAGCCGACGAAGCCGCCUGCGGGGGAUUCCGAGGAGGAGGCGGAGAGGAUGAGGGUUUUGGUGGAGGAGGGGGAGGGGGAGGAGGUUUGAGACGAUUUGAAGUCCAACUUCGCCGUAGUAAUGAUGGCGGAGAGAUCUAAGCAUGUCGAGCCUGGGGCCGGCUUAACCCGCAGGCUUGCAAUCACCGAUAUCUGUUACAGAUUGACUCAUUUGUAAGUUCCCCUUCAUCUUGGGCUUGACGUCAGCACUGACUUUGUAGAUAACGACGAACAUCAUUCGGGGAAGAGGCAACGGAAGAGCUCGUUUUCGCUGGGAAGGUGGUUCUUAGAAUCACAGUCUCGGCUCCUGUUGAUGAGCCAUUCAAACGGGCUCGAGGGAACCGUCAACCCGGCAAGGAUGCAACAUUUGCGCCGCCUUCUAUGAACAGGAAUGUUUCAGCUGGACGGCGCUUGGUUCUCAUUAGAGAGAGACCUGAUGGUUUCCGUCAGAAACCUGCCGCAACAGACGGUGACUCACAGUGAGGCGUACUACACUACGGUAUAGCCAAGUAGUCUUAUGCAGCCAGACGAAAAAGCCACCACACGUCGUGGUGUAUGGGGGACGUGAUAUAGAUAGAAAGGAUGGUUAUGAUAUCACGCAGCAAUAAAGCAAAAUGCGGAGUGUAAUUCAUCUAUUAUAUGGUGCGAUGUUCAGCAAGCGGGGGUUGGCUUUGCGGAUGGUGGCCUUCAGGGGGGACAAGGGCGAG